GGGGGCUGCCUCUGAUGUGCACAUCAUCGAGGAUCUGACGUUGAACGUCGCCUCGUCCGCCCUUGUUCCUACGAAGUCCGGGGCUGCUGCAAAGAAGAGUGCCCGUGUUGACCGAGAUCUGACCUCCGGUCUCUAUGAGGUGACGGUGCGGUAUUCGCCUAAGGGUGGCUUAUUCAACGAGAAGGUCUCCGGGCACGACGUCCUGUUCCAGGCCAUUCCCGAUGCCGACAGGGAGUACCUACGUCGGCAGAGCAAGGAUGUGCGUCUCUUUGAUGGUGGAUUGGACUAUGUCGUCCAGGGUGCUUUCAUGCUCAUGGAGCAACAGCGGCGGCAGGACGAGGAGCUUGCACGCCUUCGUGAAGCUGAGAAGAAAGCCGCUUCUGCUGACGAGGCGCUUUCCCAGUUGGAGCGGCUUCGGACUGAGACUGCCUCUUUGAAAGAAAAAGCUGAUGCGGCUGAGAAGAGAGCCAUUGUCGCUGAGGACGAGGCGAAGCGCCUCCAAAAUCAGCUUGAUGAAGAAACGGCCGCCCGUCGGCUUGCAGAAGAAAAAGCUGUGAAGUUGGAGGCCGAUGCGGCAGCGGCUGCUGAUAGAGCCAUUGAACUUUUCAUGGCUGAAGGUUGGAAGGACGAG